UAUGGAGGAAACGGCACUUUCUUUCUUUUUAUUUACUUCUUUCUUUAAAAUCCCUUCAAAAAAAUAAACUAACAUUUAAACGAGAAAAGCAUUUGUGACAAAACCAGAUGCAGUUAUUAUGCAAUACUCGUGCAAAUGAGUGACAAAAAUUUCUUUGUCAUAAAUGGCAUAUACAUUUGUUUUUAUACUAUGUUUUUUUAAACUUGCUUCUUUAAAAAAGUUAUUCGAUUUUUAUUUAAGUUUUAAUUUAUUAAUUUUAGAUUUCAAGCAUCUCUUCAAAAAUUUUUUGGACUUUUAUUUGUUUAUUAUUUAAAUUUCCAAAAUGUUUGAAUUAAAAUAAUUCCUGACUGUUCUUUAAAAAAACAUGGAUGUUGAGCAUCCACAAAUAGGCAAAACUUUGUCUAAUUCCACGUCAACUGCAUUUUCUCCUGUUCCAUUUCCGGGAAAUACCAGACAGCAACAAGAAAACCUUGAUUUAUCCGAAUGUCCUAUCCGUUUAGAAGAAGGAGAGAAUCUUAAUCAAAUAAAUGAAGAUGAAAUAAGAAAAUCGUUGUUAGUUGAAGCUAAAAGGAGAAAAUGUUGGAAUUCGAAAGCUAUUGAAAAAAUGGUUUUUGAGGAAAUUGUUCAUAAUUGUUGUUAUCAUGUAAUCUUUUUAUUUUUAUAUCGGGUGGGGUCUAACUCGAGGAAUUCCAACUCACAAAACAGACAUGUCGCGGAACGACAAGUCACGGAACGACCAAAACUCGGUUAUGUAUUGGAAAGCUUUACUGAAACAAGGAGUACAGCAGAUGCUGUCCAACCAAGUUCUUCUACAAUGUCCAAUUCAUCUGCUCUCGUUCGUAUUCGAAGCUUUGAAGAGAGCGGCUCAGCUGUGGAUAUUUCAACAAAUUCUCUUACUUCAAAAAUUAAUAAUCCAACAAUCACUAAAACAUUGUUUUCUGCCGAUUUUGGUCACAAUCCUUGGGAUUUUGAUGUGAAACCUGAUGAUGAUUUUGUUAAUCAGAUUAAAAUAUUGGAAAUGCCUAAUUCUCAGCGCCUUUCUACUUGCCAUACUUGUAAAGGAGAAGCACUUAUUCAUUGUUUUCAUUGUCGCGGCCUUGGCACAGACAAAUGCACCUAUUGUAGAGGAACUGGAAUGAAAGCAGGUGUUGCACAUCCAGCACUUUAUACUCACCCAAUGAUUGGGACUUUUUCUGGGGAUAACAGAAAAAGCGUUGGUGGAGGUAUCUCCUCAUCAAACAGAGGAUUUCCUUUUUCCGGAACUGCAAUGAUCAAACCUGCACUUUUAGGUUCUCAACGUGAUAAACCAUAUGCAGCUGGAACGCCUGUACAUUUUAUGGCAAAGGCUGGACUUCCUCCUCCAGGAAUUGGACAACAUGAUUUGUGCAUUUUUUGUCAUGGUCGUGGAAUUCGUGACUGUCAACACUGUAAAGGUCAAGGAAAGAAAUGUUGUUUGGCAUGUGGAGGAAAUGGCCAAGUACGGAUUUUCACCAAAUUAAAAGUUGCAUUUGCUGUGGAGUGUUCUGACUACUACACUCCUUGUGAAAUGCCUGAUCAUUUAUUACGUCAAGCUAAUGGACAACUAAUUUUUACAGAAACUCGGCCUUAUGUUCAUCCAGUUAGAAAGCACAAAAUAAAAGAAAUUAACGAAGUCAGCAAGCACUUUUGUGCAGCACACUUGAAAAGGCUUUUGGAUUCAUGUCGCGUAUUAAAGCAAAGACAUUGUAUUGAACGGAUUAUGGUAGCAAAAGUACGUUUUAAGUUGGGUUCAAAAUGUGGCCGAUUUUUUGUAUUCGGGGAUCAACGCCUUUGUUAUAUACCAAAAGAAUCUAUUUCGUCAAAUUGUUCUCUUGUGUGAAAUUUUAUUUAAAAAUUUAUUUAGAAUAGAAAUUAUAUAUAUUUUAGAAAAUGGCCCAUAUUACUAUUUAAUCUAGUCUUUGUUUAGUUUAUUUCUCCUUAUUUUUGAGAAUAUUCAAAUUUAAAAUUUAUCAUUAGAUUUUCUAUUUUGGGUUUUUAGUUUUACAAAAUGUGUUUUUAUUUGGGCAAUAUAUUUUCAGUUUCCCCCACUCUCUUUUACCUAUUUUUAAAUUUCUUUAUUGUAUAUUAUUUCUCUACCAGAAUUUUGUGCUAUCUCAUUUUUAGUUCAACUUCUAGUC